AUGAGAAAGCAGUUGGAAUUUUAUUUGAGCUGGAGCAGCUUUUCAAAUGAAAUGAUACUUUCACCUUACAUUAGUAACCCAAUAAUCUCAUCACAAGAUUAUUUACCAGAAAGUUUAAUUGGUUAUUAUAGACAAAAGAAUGAUCUAGCAUUUGAUAAUUUCCAAAAAUCAAUGAUUGAUUUAACAUCCAGUUAUCUUUCAUCCAUUGAUACAUUAGAAGUAAUUCCACCUUCAUUUGAUUGGUUUCAUUUUGCACUUCUUUCACUUAAUGAUGGUUUAAAAGAACAAUACAUGCCACCCGACGGAGAAGGUUUACAGAAACGUCCUUAA